UGUGACGUUGUGAGAAUGCUAGUUCUGAAAGAUGUCAGUAGGUGGCGGUGCGUUCGCGGGCCGGGCACCGACUCAGUUGUUGCGGAGAAGAGGACGGCGGAGGCUGAAGAAACAGCCGCGGCGACAUCAUCGGCUUUUCUCUAUUUAGAGAUGUCUUAUCUGCCCGGAACUGCUAGUUUGGUCGAAGAAAUAGACAAAAAGCUGCUUGUCGUUCUCCGAGAUGGUCGUACAUUAAUAGGUUUCUUACGAAGCGUUGACCAGUUUGCCAACCUUGCUCUACAUCGAACAAUUGAACGGAUCCAUGUUGGUAAGAAGUAUGGUGAUAUUCCUCGUGGAAUCUUCAUUAUCCGUGGAGAAAAUGUUGUUUUAUUAGGAGAGAUAGAUGUGGAGAAUGAAAACAGCCAAGAUCUGGAGCAGGUCUCCAUUGAUGAAAUACUUGAGAUGCAAAGGGAACAGCAACUGAGACAAUUGGAAGAGGAAGAAAGAAAGAAGAAAGCUCUUUUGGAACGUGGAGUUCAUCCUCAUACAGAUUCUAUCCAAGAUGAUUAUUUCUUUUAACAAACCAAGAUGGCUAAUGUUCUCCUUUUCACAGUUGGUGAUGCUGCUGUCAGGAGCUGUACAGGACUAACACAAAAGACUGAUAACAUUAAAUUUAGUUAUCAUCAGCUUCAAACUACCUCUGGGUGGUGUUAAGAGAAAUGGAUGUAGUUGUAGUCUACAGCAGGAAUGAUGAUUAUGUAUUAUUUUGUUGAUGCCAUUCAACUCACACAAAUCAUGUAACCUUAAUUUAAGAAGCCAUGUUUUAUUGGUCAAACAAAUGAAACUCUCCCGUAUGAACACUGGACCAGCGUAGGUCAAUACUUUCAUCUUAAAAUUGGAGCGUUUCACUUCUUGGAAUAAAAUUUUAAGUUUUUUAAA